AAGAAAUAGAAGAAAGCAUUCUUCUAUGCAGCUGGUAUUUGGGAUGCUUUAUCAUUAUGUCUGAUUAUUUGUGAUUUAUACCUCUUUUUUUUUUUUGUACAAAAGAGAUAUCAAAAAACGGUAAAACUGUAAUUAACUGAUGUUUGCUUUCUCAUGUUAUUUGUGAUUUAUAUUUCUCUAUCCAGCUUCACAUAAACAGAUGCUAUGCCUGACUUCUCUCACUGACAUUAAAUAAAUGAGUAAAAGCACCACAUUCCAUAAAGCACCACAAUAGCAAAGUCUGAUUCCUAUGAUUUAAAGUAAAUCUAUUAUUGAUUUUGUAUAAUUUAAAAUAAUUGAAAUAAAUUAUUAAGAACAACUGAUUAUACAUAAUCUUCCAAGGAUACAGAUUAAGAACAUUAGUUUAUUCAUCUUUGCUUAGUUACUUGGUUGUGCCAUCAAGGAAUGCACUGGUUUCUGUUCUAGCCCUGACUAGGGACAGCUCUGUAAUUUAGAAAACAGGACACAUGAAAUGAAGCCUACUGUAGAAAGAUUCCCCUAAAUUAUGCCCCACUUCCCUCCACCCCAGUGACAAGUUAUCUUUGUCAGGAUGAACUGUCACCUCAAAUCUUUCAUCUCCAACUUCUUUUAUGUGCUCCAAAGGACAGACUGACUUCAGGAAACCAACCUAGUUCUAUUUCAUAAGGUUUUGACUGCUGGAGUCAACUUCCAGCAAGCAACUGGAGCGUCCAGAGGUUAACUGAAAAUCUUUAGCACACUUGGAGUUGGAAAGGCUAUAUUUUGAUGGCAGAGUCACACUUAAUUAAUCCCAAGUGGAUUUAUUAAAAACAUUGCACUUCUUGUCCAUAUUAUCUUAGGAUAUAAAUAGAAAGAAAAGUUUAAUUAGUUAAGGAAGAAAUUUGAGCUAGGUCUCAAAUCUAACAUUUGAUCCAUGAAACAGUAACCUAAGUAGUGGUUAUUGUCACCUUUUGAAUCCUUUAUAAGUCGGAGUGGCAAGCCAGAGCCAACAAUACUAUUUUGCCUGGUAUCUCCUCAGCUCUAUUUCCUUUACCUAGCUGAGCAAACUAUAAAGGUUUAACAUGAGCCUCACAGACAUUCUAAGCCCUUCUGACAUUGCUGCUGCUCUGCGGGACUGCCAAGCUCCAGAUUCCUUUAGUCCCAAAAAAUUCUUUCAGAUCAGUGGGAUGUCUAAAAAGACCAGCAGCCAGCUCAAGGAGAUCUUCCGGAUUCUUGACAAUGACCAAAGUGGCUUUAUCGAGGAAGAUGAGCUCAAGUAUUUCCUUCAGAGGUUUGAAUGUGGAGCCCGAGUGUUAACUGCCUCAGAAACCAAGACUUUCUUGGCAGCUGCAGACCACGAUGGGGAUGGUAAAAUUGGGGCUGAAGUUAAUUUGCUGAAACCCUCUCAGUACUGACCUGUGUGAGUGCAGAACUGGUCCCUGACCUUACAGCUUCAUCUCUUCAACUCCUCAUGCAUGAGUAAGUCAAAAAGAAAAGAAAAAAACCCUACCCAGCUUCCUCACCGCCACUGAUAGAUUUCCAGUUGCUUUGCAAGGAACAGCUCCCUUUUUCUCCUCCCACCUACUCUGAUGUAAAGCAUCACCAGUUCACUCGUGCUACACGCAUGUGAAACGAGGACAAAAGAGCCAGCCCUGCAGAGCAGAAUCACCAGCACGUACAAAGGCUCAUGUACAGCAGUAUCUCCCUAAAGGAAUUCUACUAGUUUCAGUGAAAUCACUCUAAAUGUGCAGGAGCUAGCAGCAUGCAGUUGACUAUUAUUUUUGCAUAAUAAGGAGAACAGCAUGAUCGAGUGUCACCGCCCCGACACGAGAUACCACAGAAGGCUGUGCGUGCAGAUGGAGGUUAUUUACCUCCAGUGCCAGGCUACGCAUCAGAUAAGGAGCGGCUGUUUUAGGAAGCAGCAGAUUGCACCCACCCCCUGGAAACACUGCUGUGGUUUAAUGGCUGCUCAGCACAAAAACCUCACCAUCUCCUAACACUGUCCUUCUGGGUCUCAUUUUGGAUAGGAAGCACAUGCUCACUAAAAAGGCUUGGAGCCAACGGCAGCUUGUCCCACGCGAGAAGCAAGCUGCCCAGCAGGCGUGAAAGGCAUUUAGGGAAGGGCACGCAGGGAAUGUGCUGCCGUGCGGAUUGCCCAACUCACUGCGCCAGGGGCACAGGACUCUUCUGUUCCUUCUUUGGAAGGAAUUAAAUCCAGUUCCUUAGGAAACAUGCCAGAACAACCACACAUGAUUUAUGAAGCGAUCUAUAUGUUUAAUAGAGUCUUUCUGGGACAGGAUUGAUCAGAUGCUCUUAACUCACAGAAGACAUUUAAAAAAAACUUUCUAAUGCUGGUAUCUUGUUGAACACCACAAUACCACAUGAAGCUUCACACAUUUUUAGCUUUAUCCUCUCAUCUAAAUCAAUAGUUCUCAACUGCUGAAGCACUACAAACAGCUAGUAAGACACAAGGAUUCAUGUUUAAUCCUGCCUGAGGUCUGUUUAUUCUGACCCUACAUUGGCCAUUCCAUUAAAUUUGCCAAAAAUAACUAUU